AUGAAGACGACGUGCUGGGAGUUGAGCGCCCGCGCGUGUAAAGAGGGGAAAACCCAUCGUGCAACUGAAAACCGCCAGCCCACACAUGCAAUGUAUUUUUUUUUCUUCUGUUACAACUGCUCACUCAGCAUACAAAUCGAAAUGGAUAUCUGGGAUCUCAUUCCUGUUUCCUAUUUCAAAUUUUCGGUUCCUCUUGCUCUGUGGUAA